GUUCUUCACGGCGAUGAAGAAGGACGGCUCCUACCGAACCCGGGACCAACUCACUUCCAAAUGGAGCCACAUCAACAAAAAAGUCCGAAAGUUUAUGGGAGUUUACGAGGAAUGCUCCUGGUCCCGGAGGAGCGGCACGAACGACGCCGAUGUUCUCCGGCUUGCCACGACCCGGUAUCAAGACGACGGGAACCAAGGCAAGGUGCCCAUCGAUCUUUGGAGGAUUUUGAGUCGUUCCCCGAAGUGGCAACAACUCAACAAUCUCGACGGUGGAUCGUUCCGGAAAAGAUCCACCGUCGACGCCGAGGUUGAGGUCGACGAGACUAUCGGUUCUAGCGAUCAAAUCCCUCCCUUCAACGUUGCGGAUUCCGAUGACGAGGACCCCAUUCCACGGCCGAUCGGAAGAAAGAAGGCAAAAUCCAUUGCCUCUGGUUCGGGAGGGUCUGCCUCUGUUUCCGCUUCUCCCCGCGACGAAAAUCGGCCGGACAAUGAUUGAACAACUUCGGGCGUUCAAUCUCCAAGAACAAGAGAAGUUGAAGCUAAAGGAGAAGGAGUUGAAGCUAAAGGAGCACAAGGCCGAGAUGAAAGUCAUGCAAACCGAUCCCGGGACGUUGUCGGAGUUUGGACGAAUAAUCUAUGAGCAAAGAAUGAGAGAGAUAAAGGAGAAAUAUAAUUUACCUUAGUUU